AAAAAAAAAAGCCCAAUUUCGUAACCCAUCUAGGUUUGAUAUAUGUUAGGGUUUAUCAGAAAUAUAGUCGUCACAUAGAUACAGAGAGAGGGAGAGGGAGAAAGGGAGAGAGCGAGCGAGUUCAAGCUUCAUCAAGAUGGGUAUUUCUAGGGAUUCCAUGCACAAGAGGCGUGCCACUGGUGGCAAGAAGAAGGCCUGGAGAAAGAAGAGAAAGUACGAGCUUGGUCGUCAGCCAGCAAACACUAAAUUAUCAAGCAACAAGACAGUCAGGAGGAUCCGUGUUCGAGGGGGUAAUGUGAAGUGGAGAGCUCUUAGAUUGGAUACUGGUAACUUCUCAUGGGGUAGUGAAGCAGUAACUCGCAAGACUCGUCUUCUGGAUGUGGUUUACAAUGCCUCAAAUAACGAGCUUGUCCGAACACAGACUCUUGUUAAGGGUGCUAUUGUCCAGGUGGAUGCUGCACCAUUCAAGCAGUGGUACCUUCAGCACUAUGGUGUUGAAAUUGGUAGAAAAAAGAAAUCAGCUGCAGCCAAGAAGGAUUCUGUAGAGGAGGUUGAAGCCGCCACUGAAGAAGCCAAGAAAAGUAAUCAUGUGCAGAGGAAACUUGAGAACCGUCAAAAAGAUCGUCAGCUAGAUUCCCACAUUGAAGAGCAGUUUGGUGGUGGUCGUUUGCUGGCCUGUAUUUCAUCUCGUCCUGGUCAAUGUGGCAGGGCUGAUGGGUACAUCCUUGAAGGUAAGGAACUGGAAUUUUACAUGAAGAAGUUACAGAGGAAGAAGGGAAAGGGUGCUGCUUAAUUGUAGUGUUUUCCGUCUUAUAUAUGACUUCAUUUGUUUUUAAUAGUGCAACAAUAUUUGGUACCUUUCAAGUUGAUGUCAUUUGCUUUGGAUGAGACAAUGUUUAUUGGACAACCUUUAGGUUGAUGCCCUAAGACUUCUUUAGUGUCAAACCUUCACUAGUUUUGUGACAGUUUAUAAAAUUUUUUGUCUUAAUUUAUUCUUAUUACUGAAUAUUAUACUACUUCA